AUGUCGGCCACUCCUUGGGACUACAUCGCCAAGCUCGUCUGCAUCGGCGACUCAGGAUGUGGCAAGUCUAGUCUCACCAUCCGCCUCUGCGAAGGCCGAUUCUCACCCCAUCACGACGUCACCAUCGGCGUCGAGUUCGGUUCCCGCAUCGUCCCCGUCGGCCCGCCUCACUCCAAACCCGAAGUCCGCCCCUCCUCCGCCGACCCUUCAGACCCCGACGCCGCCCCCGAUGGCCUCCCCGAACCUCCGCGCGAUGCCUCCUCAGUGCCCCAGAAGCAUAUGAAGCUCUCUCUAUGGGAUACGGCCGGCCAGGAGACAUACAAAUCCGUCACGCGCUCCUAUUUCCGCGGCGCCAGCGGCGCCCUCCUUGUCUUCGACCUCUCCCGCAAGCAGACCUUCCAGCACGUUACCGAUUGGCUGAACGACCUGCGCCAGAUAGCCGAGCCUGACAUCGUCGUCAUCCUUGUCGGCAAUAAGGCCGAUCUCGCCCAACAGGAGGACAACAAGCGCGAAGUCACUCGCGAGGAGGCCGAGGAGUGGGCCCGCCGCAACGGCGUCAUGGAGUACGUCGAAACCAGCGCCAAGAGCGGCGAGAACGUUGAGAAGGCAUUUAUGCGCGUCGCCGAGAGGAUAUACAAUAACAUUCAGGCCGGGAAGUAUGAUCUUAACGAUAGGAGGUCCGGCGUCAAGGGACCAGCCGCCGGUGGGAACCGCCAGGUGAGACUCGGAGGCGACUCGAACAAAUCGGCAACCGGGGGUUGUUGCUAA